AUGUGUUAUGAAGAACACAAGAAGAAGUUCCCAGACGAGAGUGUUCAAGUCACAGAGAUCAGCAAAAGAUGCUCGGAAAAGUGGAAGGUACGUUGCUCGACAAUACAUUUCUUAAAGACAUAGACCAUGAAAGAAGAAGAAAAGAAAAGAUUUUAUGAAUUGGCACAGAAGGAUGCGGAACGAUAUCAGGCUGAGGUUCAGGCAUACGGUGGGGAAGACUCCUUGCGGAAGAAGAAACGGCAAAAGAAAGACCCCAAUGCACCAAAAAAGGCAUUGUAAGCUCAUUAUCUAUUUUCUUACGUUUUAAUUAAAAAACAAAAAUAAGUAUGAUUAAUUUUAGAUCGGCGUUUUUCUUCUUUUCGAAUGAGAAGCGGCCUCAAGUCCAAGCCGAACAUCCAGAAUGGAAAGUGGGACAGAUUGCUCAAGAACUGGGAAAGUAUUGGAAGAAUUUGACGGAAGAAGAACGCCAAGUCUAUGAGAGAAAGGCUGCCGAUGACAAAGCGAGAUAUGACGAAGUAAGUGUUCUAGGGUUCCGUUGGCGUUUUUAAAUUACCAUAGAAAUAAUAAUUUUCUAAUGCUUAAAAUCUUCAGGAGAUGCGAAGCUAUCGUGCGAAUGGAGCGUCUUCCGGCAUCUAG